AUAACCCCCUGAUGCAUGCACAGCUACGGUACGAAGCCUUCUAAGUCCUUAAUAAGCCUUAAGUCCUCCUGUGUGAGCAGCCAGCUGCCAGCCAUGGUGGCCCUCCAGACUCUCCACCUGAGGAGCACCCAGAGAACCCAGAGCAACAUGCCUACCAGUCUGGAGGGACUGGGGCACCUGGCAGACGUGGACCUGUCCUUCAACGACCUGAGUCGCGUUCCUGAGUGUCUCUAUACGCUGAGCAGUCUGAAGCGCCUCAACCUCUCCUCCAAUCAGAUCUCAGAGCUCUCCCUCUGUAUCGACCAAUGGACUCAGCUAGAGACACUCAACCUCAGCAGGAACCAACUCACGUCACUGCCUUCUGCUAUCUGUAAGCUGGGGAAGCUGAAGAAGCUUUAUGUGAACAGUAACAAGCUGGACUUCGAUGGACUUCCGUCUGGCGUGGGGAAGUUAUCCAGCCUGCAGGAGUUCAUGGCUGCCAACAACAACCUGGAACUAGUACCUGAGGGACUCUGUAGGUGUGGGAAGCUGAAGAAGUUGGUCCUGAAUAAGAAUCGUCUGGUGACUCUUCCUGAAGCCAUCCACUUCCUCGUCGACCUCGAGGUUCUAGAUGUACGUGAGAACCCCAACCUGGUGAUGCCUCCCAAGCCGGUGGACAGGACAGCAGAGUGGUACAACAUCGACUUCUCUCUUCAGAACCAACUGAGACUGGCUGGAGCAUCCCCUGCUGUAAUAUCUGCUGCAGGGGGAGGGGCCAGCCCGCGGGACCCCCUGGCGAGGAAGAUGAGGCUGAGGAGGAGGAAGGACAGUAGUCAAGACGACCAGGCUAAACAGGUCCUCAAGGGGAUGAGUGAUGUCACACAAGAGAAGAACAAGAGUUUAGAGGAGAACGCCGAUCAGAAGUACGGUGAACUGAACGCGUCGUUGGGACCCACGCGUCGUUGGGACAAGAGUCUGGAGACGCCACAGCUGAACUACUCUGAAUUCUUCAUGGAGGACGUAGGACAGGUUCCUGGUGUGUGUGUGUGGCAGAUAGAGAACUUUGUUCCGUUGCAGGUAGACGAGGCGUUCCAGGGGAAGUUCUACGAGGCUGACUGUUACAUCAUCCUCAAGACGUUCCUGGACGACAACGGAUCCCUGAUCUGGCAGAUAUUCUACUGGAUCGGUCAGGAAGCUACGCUGGAUAAGAAGGCGGGGUCUGCCAUCCACGCCGUCAACCUCCGUAACUACCUGGGGGCGGAGUGUCGGACCAUCAGAGAGGAGAUGGGAGACGAGUCAGAGGAGUUCAGCGCUGUGUUUGAUAAUGACAUCUCCUACAUUGAGGGGGGGACGGCCAGCGGCUUCUAUACUGUGGAGGACACACACUACACUGUUAGGUUGUAUCGUGUCUAUGGGAAGAAGAACAUCCGUCUGGAAUCGGUUCCUCUGAAGGCCUCGUCCCUGGACCCACGGUUUGUCUUCCUGGUGGAUACGGGUCUGGAGAUACUGAUCUGGAGAGGAGCCAACGCAACUCUGGCCGGUACCACUAAGGCCCGGCUGUUUGCAGAGAAGAUCAAUAAGAAUGAGCGUAAGGGAAAGGCAGAGAUCACCACCCUGCAGCAGAGUCAGGAGCCUCCUAACUUCUGGGAGGUUCUGGGAGGACAACCUGAAGAGAUACUCAGACACGUCCCUGAUGACUUCACACCCAAACGACCCAAACUAUACAAGGUGGGUCUGGGACUGGGCUAUCUGGAGCUCCCUCAGAUCAACUACAAGCUGUCAGUGGAACACAAAGAUAAGGUCAAACUGGACAAACUGCCGGAACUACGACUGCUCCAGACCCUGCUGGACACUAAAGGAGUGUAUAUCCUGGACUGUCUGUCUGAUGUGUUUAUCUGGAUUGGGAGGAAGUCUCCUCGUCUGGUGAGAGCAGCCGCCCUGAAGCUGGGACAGGAAGUCUGCACUAUGCUGCAUCGCCCCAAACACGCUACUGUUACCAGGAACCUGGAGGGGACAGAGUGCCAGGUGUUUAAGUCUAAGUUUCAGAACUGGGAUGAUGUCCUGAAGGUGGACUACACCAGAGCAGCUGAGAGUGUAGAGCAGCAGCAAGGAUUACAAGGGAAGGUGAAGAAGGAUGCUGAGAAGAAAGACGAGAUGAAGGCUGACCUCACCGCCCUCUUCCUCCCCAGACAACCCCCCAUGGCCCUCACUGAGGCAGAGCAGAUGAUGGAGGACUGGAAUGAGGAUCUGGAUGGAAUGGAGGGAUUCGUGUUGGAGGGGAAGAAGUUUGCUCGUCUGCCGGAGGAGGAGUUUGGACACUUCCACACACAGGACUGCUACGUCUUCCUCUGCAGGUACUGGGUGCCGGUAGAAUACGAUGAUGAGGACAAGGAGAAGAAGGAGAGACACGGCCACCACGGAGGAGAGGAAGAGGAGGAGGAGAGGGUGGAGGAAGACUUCCAGUGUGUUGUGUAUUUCUGGCAGGGCAGGCAGGCCUCCAACAUGGGCUGGCUCACUUUCACCUUCUCUCUGCAGAAGAAGUUUGAGAGUCUCUUCCCUGGGAAACUGGAGGUGGUCCGUAUGACCCAGCAGCAGGAGAAUCUCAAGUUCCUGUCUCACUUCAAGAGGAAGUUCAUCGUUCAUAAAGGGAAGAGGAAACAGAAGAUCGAUGCCGCUCAGCCCUCCCUCUACCACAUACGCACCAAUGGGAGCGCUCUCUGUACCAGGACGAUCCAGAUUGGGACAGACUCCAGUAACCUGAACUCAGAGUUCUGCUUCAUCCUCAAGGUACCCUUUGAGAGCACAGACAACCAGGGGAUAGUGUAUACCUGGGUCGGCCGGGCUGCUGACCCUGUGUGUGUGUGUGUGUGUGUGUAGGUACCCUUUGAGAGCACAGACAACCAGGGGAUAGUGUAUACCUGGGUCGGCCGGGCUGCUGACCCUGUGUGUGUGUGUGUGUGUAGGUACCCUUUGAGAGCACAGACAACCAGGGGAUAGUGUAUACCUGGGUCGGCCGGGCUGCUGACCCUGUGUGUGUGUGUGUGUGUGUGUGUGUGUGUGUGUGUGUGUGUGUGUGUGUGUGUGUGUGUGUGUGUGUGUGUGUAGGUACCGUUUGAGAGCACAGACAACCAGGGGAUAGUGUAUACCUGGGUCGGCCGGGCUGCUGACCCUGUGUGUGUGUGUGUGUGUGUGUGUGUGUGUGUGUGUGUGUGUGUGUGUGUGUGUGUGUGUGUAGGUACCGUUUGAGAGCACAGACAACCAGGGGAUAGUGUAUACCUGGGUCGGCCGGGCUGCUGACCCUGUGUGUGUGUGUGUGUGUGUGUGUGUGUGUGUGUGUGUGUGUGUGUGUGUGUGUGUGUGUGUGUGUGUAGGUACCGUUUGAGAGCACAGACAACCAGGGGAUAGUGUAUACCUGGGUCGGCCGGGCUGCUGACCCUGUGUGUGUGCGUGUGUGUGUGUGUGUGUGUGUAGGUACCGUUUGAGAGCACAGACAACCAGGGGAUAGUGUAUACCUGGGUCGGCCGGGCUGCUGACCCUGUGUGUGUGUGUGUGUGUGUGUGUGUGUGUGUGUGUGUGUGUAGGUACCGUUUGAGAGCACAGACAACCAGGGGAUAGUGUAUACCUGGGUCGGCCGGGCUGCUGACCCUGUGUGUGUGUGUGUGUGUGUGUGUGUGUGUGUGUGUGUGUGUGUGUGUAGGUACCGUUUGAGAGCACAGACAACCAGGGGAUAGUGUAUACCUGGGUCGGCCGGGCUGCUGACCCUGUGUGUGUGUGUGUGUGUGUGUGUGUGUGUGUGUGUGUGUGUGUGUGUAGGUACCGUUUGAGAGCACAGACAACCAGGGGAUAGUGUAUACCUGGGUCGGCCGGGCUGCUGACCCUGUGUGUGUGUGUGUGUGUGUGUGUAGGUACCCUUUGAGAGCACAGACAACCAGGGGAUAGUGUAUACCUGGGUCGGCCGGGCUGCUGACCCUGAUGAGGCCAAACUGGCAGAAGACAUC